UUGAAAGAAUUCAAACCGAUCUUAUCCUCUGGCAGAAUAAAAGCACAAAAACAGAGAAAAAGUGACAAUUGACUAAACCCUAAAUCCAAAAGAGAGCAAAUCAGGAAUCAAGACACCAGCACAAUCUAAUCACUCACAUUUCAAAAUCCAAAGUGGUCUGUAGUUGCUCUCGAUGUCUAGGAUGGCAUUGGACCGCAAGCCACCGCUCCCACGAUCGCCGGUUAGGCUUCGUCCCCGCCGGGCACCGUGCGACGCAAGCGCCGCUCAAACCCCACCAGGCUCUUUGACGAAAUCUCAAAUCCCUAGCCGCCCUAAUUGGGUCACGGAAGAGUUGGAGACUCGUUCCGAGUACCGCACAAUUUCUUCCGAGUUUCGGGCGCUUGAGAAGCUGGUUCGAAACGAAUUCGGCAACGCCGAUCCGAUUGGCGCCGGAAUAACGUGCAAUAAUUUGAAUUUCAGCGCCAGUAACAUCUCGGUUUCUCUGUUUGAAAGGGGCAGAUUCUACGAGGAGUACUCUGCGAGAAGGAACGAGAGGCUGAAGAGGAAGAAGGGUGCGGAAGCAGGGGACGAGAGGAAAAGCCCGUACCGUCUUCGCGUCGCCGUGGAGUCGUCGGCGAAGAGGAGGGACUCGAAGAAGUACGAGAGCUUAAGGAAGUCGGUGCCGGCUAGCGCUUUUUUGGCGGAUCGAAGGGAGAACACUCCUAGGUAUGCGCUGAGAAGCAGCAGUACUAAUAAAGAGAAUAAGAAGCCGCCUCUAGCCGUGAACUUCGAGAAGUCCACCGUCCGCGGCGAUCGGAGAGUCGCAGUUCGAAGAGUUCAGAGGAUCUGAAAUCUUAGCACUGGGUAAUGGGUAUAUCUGCUAAUGGUUAAGAAAUCCAAGAAUUUGUUUGAUGAUUUCUUGUCUGUAUGUUUUCUGCAAUUUACUUUACGAUCUAUGAGACAGCUAAUUGUGUUUGAUUGUGGGAUGAAAUUCAGUUGACUCGUCUAUUGUUUUGUAAAAAAAAAUUUAGUUAUUUUAAUAAAUCCUUUCCCGAUAAGGGAUGGAAA